UUGAAACAAGAACAAAACAGAAAAUGCCAACCUGAAUUUGCCCCUCAGCUUUGUGAACUCAUCUGCUUAGGGUUUUCCAAAAUCUCAUAAAUUUUCGCGAGUAAUCCUCCAGGAAUUUCCGCGUUUCCCAACUGUUUCGGAUAAAUUCGUCGAUUUGAAAAAGCUUUUGUUCGCUAAUUUCUGUUUUACCUCAACAUAUUUUUGCUCCUUGGAAUUGCCGCUGUAAAUCUCGAAAUCCAGUCUCACAUUUGUGAGGAAGUGAUGGAAUCUGUGAGUCCGCUUCAAGAUUGGAACUUUGAUUGAGUUCUGUUCCGGUGAAAACCAUCGUCGGUGAAAUUUGUAAGUAUAGAAUAUGCCGGGGAGUAAAUCUAAAGCAGAGAAAGGCGAUGCGGAGAAACAGCUGAGAAGAGACCCCUACGAGGUUUUGGGCGUCAGUAAAAAUUCUACUGAUAAUGAAAUCAAGAGCGCCUAUAGAAAACUGGCUCUCAAAAUGUGGUAUCCGACAGCUUACUCAUCUCGAUACGAUUGGGAUAACUUUAGAUGGCCAUUAUUCAUAUGCUUGAGGUACCAUCCGGAUAAAAAUGCAAAUGAUGCCAAAGCUGCAGAUAUGUUCAAAGAGGUCACAUUCUCGUACAACAUAUUGUCUGAUCCAGAUAGAAGGCGGAAAUAUGACACGGCUGGUUUUGAGGCUGUUGAGUCGGAAAAUCAGGAAUUGGAACUGGAUCUUUCAAGCUUAGGAACUUUCAAUACCAUGUUUGCUGCAAUAUUUAGUAAGCUUGGUGUUCCGAUCAAAACCACUGUCGCAGCCAGUGUGUUGGAGGAGGCAUUGAAUGGUGAGGUAACGAUUCGUCCCCUUGAGCUUGGGCAACCUGUAUGUAAAAAGGUUGAAAAGCAAGGUGCACACUUUUAUUCUGUUAACAUAACAGAAAAUGAAGCACAGGCUGGACUUGUUUGCAGAGUUUUUUCGUCGGACAAGAGCAAGUUUAAGCUACUGUACUUUGACAGGGAAAAUAAUGGCGGGCUAAACCUUGCACUACAGGAGGAUAGCGCCAAAACUGGGAAGGUUACAUCUGCCGGAAUGUAUUUUUUCGGAUUCCCUGUGUACAGGAUGGAUCCUGCCCACAGUUCUAUGGCUGCUGUAAAAGAUCCAGAUGCUGCUUUCUUCAAAAAGCUCGAUGCAUUCCAGCCUUGUGAAAUAACUGAACUGAAAGCUGGCACCCACUAUUUCGCUGUCUAUGGUGACAAUUUUUUCAAAAGCGUAAGUUACACGAUCGAAAUUCUUUGCGCCGAACCCUUCCCUGAAGGGAAAGAAAGUCUCCGAACAGUCGAAGCUCAAAUCUUGUCAAAAAGAGUCGAACUUUCAAAAUUCGAAACUGAAUACAAAGAGGUUUUAGCUCAGUUCACGGAGAUGACGAACAGAUACGCACAAGAAAUGCACGCGAUCGACGAGCUUCUUAAACAGAGGAAUGAAAUACACGCGGCCUACACAACCGCGCCGCAGAUAAAACGCAGCGGCAGCAGCCGGAGCAAGAACAAGGCGGCGUUUAAGGAAGACGAGGAGGGUUCGGCGAAGGAGAAGAAAGCGUCGAAGGAGAGGGAAAGGUCGAAGAAGAAACGAUGGUACAAUCUUCACUUAAAGGUCGAUAAACGGAAGACGUGCGGCGGCGGUGCCGGGGACUGAGGUUAAGCCUCUCUCCCCGUUCCGUUGCGUUGAUCUUAGAACACAUUAUUGUGUAAAUUGAAAGUCUCAAAUUCAUUCAAAGUUUCUUCUCAUCAAAUUCACUGUGGUGAUUGAAAAUGUUUACCCUUAGAAAAUUUUCUGUCUUGAAUGAAUUGUGAACAGUACAAAGGUACAAUUCGUUUGUUUCACUUACCCCUCUGUUAAUAUGAUCACGUUUUUACCAA